UUUUUAAAUUCCUCACUUUCAAUGAGCAUUUAAUAAUUUUACAUACAUGCAACAAAUAUAGAUGACGGUCCCAUCAUCUAGGUUACCGCUAAGCAGGCAGCAAUCAAAGGAUCCAACUCAGUCGGACCCAAAAAAUCAGUCAAAAUCUACAACUGUAGAAAAAAAGAUGCUGAGCGUCAAAACGUCAGGAACAGCAGCUGCAAUAUCUUGCUCUCACUUCUUAUCCCCUCGCUCAUUCUCUCCCACCGCCCUCAACCUUCGCCAUUUCAAGCCUCACUCCUCACAUCGUUCAAUCAAAAUGUCUGCUGAGCAAAUCGUCGAACACGUGGUGCUCUUCAAAGCCAAACCUGAUGCUGACCCUUCAAAGCUUAACGCUAUGAUUAACAACCUCAACAGCUUGACCUCUCUUAACCAAGUUGUCCAUCUCAGUUCUGGUCCCCUUAUACGUGACAGAUCUUCCUCUUUUUCCUUCACUCACAUACUUCAUUCUCGGUACAAGUCUAAAUCUGACUUGGCUGAUUACUCUGCACAUCCCUCGCAUGUCAGCGUUGUUAAGCAAUAUGUAUUGCCGAUGGUUGAUGAUAUCAUGGCUAUUGAUUGGGUUCCCACUGAUUUCUCCGGCCCGAGUGGUGUGCCGCCUGGUUCGGCGAUGAGGGUUACGUUUCUUAAAUUGAAGGAGAAUUUGGGUGAAAAUGAAAAAUCACAAGUUUUGAGUGCGGUUGGGGGAAUCAUAGAGAAAUUCCCUGGGAUUCAACAGUUGACUGUUGGGGAAAACUUUUCUCCUGGUAGGGCGAAAGGUUUUUCGAUUGCUUCAAUAGCUGUUUUCAAGGGAGUGGAAAACUUGGAAGCGUUGGAGUCGCAAACGGAGCUGGCGAAUGAGCAGAAAGAGAAGGUUAAGGAUUUUUUGGACGGUGUUGUUGUCGUAGAUUAUGCUGUUCUUCCUACUCAAUCAGCUAGCCUUUGAGAAUGGUCCAUUUGAGGUGGCACAAGGCUGUUAAUUUCGCCCAACAGACCCAAGUUCAAAAUUUGCUGACAACCUGCCUUUUUAGUAAGUUUAAUCAAUCACUACAGUGUAACUCUAAAAAAUUUCUUGUUUGCUCGAGUUUAAUAUUUACUAUAUAAACAUAUAUUUUUUUUUAAUCAUGUAUAAAUAACAUUGUUUUUCGUCGAAGGAGAUUCAAUGAACCUCUUGUCUAUAAGUUGGCUCGGAUUUACGAUUUGGAGUCUCCAAUUAAUUUAAUCAAUGAGUCUACUUGGAACCCGGAGACUCCGAAUUGUGGAUCUGCGGUUGCGUCGAUAUCAUUAUAGAUCAAUGGAAAGAUACUUUCUCAGA